CGUGUCGUCAGUACGCAUUCGGACACGAAGGAGGUCUGCUGCUCAUUUCAAUUACGACUUUUAAAAAAAGGUGGCGUAUUACUUGUCUCAGGUGACAUUCGUAAUAUGCAAAUUUCAUCUGAGAUGAACAGAUUUCUGUUUUUUUGAGUUACUGCGAAGAAGACCCACUGUUCUGUGAUGGCCGUUUCUUGCCGAACGACAAGCGAGUCCUUGGACAUCGUCGAUGCUAACUGUCAAACGGUGUGGACGUCCUCGUUUAUUCAUCUACGUUUCAGCAUUAAUGAACAGGUUUCAGCCGAGCGUGCUAAACAAGUUCAGUUUUGAUAGGUGAAGACAAAUGCGUUAGAAAUAGUCGUAAAUUCAGAACGAGUUUACGGUACGAUGACCAAAGUUUCUUUUCGUGAUUGUCAGGGAGGAUGUUGACCCGAGUAACAGCUGAUGUGGCAUCCAUUUUCCUUAAUGCGGUCAGCGACGCAAUUGUUUCUCAUUUUGUGUAUGCAAAUCAAGAUGGACUUGCCCGUUGAAGCAAUGGACAACUGCUGGAGACUGGAGGAAGAUCAAAAGUGCACAAGCGUUUGAUUACGGUGGAAUGGUGGGCUCUGGUAAUAGCAUCACACACCAUUCAAACAAAGGGUUUAACUAUUUUAGGCUGUCUGCUUUCUCCUAUUGUUUUCCGAAAAUGCGCUACGAGGUUGUCGUGUGUGUAUCAUCAACUUGGAUAAAGGACGCGCCACGGUUAGUCAUUCAAAGAAUUUUAGUUUGUCAAUAUCCGCCGAAAAUCCGGAACUUGUAAGUUAAAAUCUCACAAUGCUUAUUCCAAUGAAGCCAAUACCGAGUUCUAAAGGAUAUGGGCGACCUAAAGGGUUGCAUUGCCAAACAGGAAACAGCUCGCUUCUAAACUUCGCUACAAAAUUCGGCAGUUGUUUCACGACGUGAUUGCCUAAUAUCCUUUUCCUGUUGUAUACGACAUUGCUUCUCAAUCUCACGCGAUUAAUACCUCAAGUCAGAAUCAAAGCGUUACGCAUGUGAUGUUCCCUUUUGUUUCACGUCGGAAACGUUCUAGAUUUGUAAAAUUCAAGUGUUGAUUUUCACGAACGACGUAGCCAAAAAAAAUCGUGGCAUUUUGUGUGCAAUGUGCAGUUCAAUUGCUUGUGUCGUCCAGUGCGGAUUACGGAUGCUUUUAUUCUACUUGAUCUUUCAAGCGACUCCCAAAAGUGACGCUCAGCUGUUUAUGAUUCCGGGAGGCGAGGAACGCACGAUCGAUGUCGGCUCGCAUCUCAUCAUAACCUGCACUUACAAGUAUCCAGACGAACACGACCGACUAAAUUACAGGAGAAACAUUUCAUGGACGUUUCCGUACUAUCUCGUCAGGAACGAGGAAGGUGUUGUUGAGCCUACGCAGGUUAGGUUUAGCGCGACAGCGGACAAGAACGAAACGCACUUGACAUCAACCAUGACUCUAACAAACGUGACAGCCUACGACACGGGCUAUUUCAGUUGUAAGGCCAUUUAUAGAGACGAAAUUAAGCAAUACGUCUACGUUUACGAUCGUAAUAAUGCCGUUAUCAAAGAUGACCCGCAAUUCCGGACCAAACAAGAAUCGGGCGAACCGCUUCUUAUUGGAUGCCGGCCCACUCAUCCUAACGUUACAGUCGUUCUUCUUCGUCUAACUCGGCAUAUCCAUCCAAAAGAAGAGAACAAUUACCAAUGGGAUUAUUCAAAAAAUCUUUUAUCUGGACCUAAUCCGAGCUGGACGCUGGACUCUCACAAGGGACUGAGGAAAAAGCGGGCGACCGUUGGUGACACGGGCUAUUACUAUUGUUUUGGCGCAAUGGGCGAACCUGUUAGCCGUUUGGAUAAGAGGAUCAUCUUCGUGAUUGGUGUCCGAGGAGUGGAGUUGGAAAGACUUGAUGGAACUGACGAUCCGCUGGAAGGAAGCAAUGUCACGUUGGUUUGUCACACUUAUGCCAAUCUCGAAUUCUCCUCGCCACCAGAGUGGAUUGUCCGGAACAAGAAUACGGGAGGCAUGCAAUAUAUCGAUGAGUUGAGCCCUCCCAAAGGUGUUGAAAUAACAACGGAAAACAUUACGAGACCUCAAUUCACUUGGAUCUAUUACGAAAGCCGGCUGCAGUUAUUUAACAUUAGCCUGGACACCCCCACGACUCUUCAAUGCAAAGGCAAAACGAGUAAAGGCAUAGUAUUUCGAACAGCUUCGUUUGCAAUCAAAGUUCAAUUGGAGAAGGAAAGACCAAAGAAUUUAACUUGCAGCAUACCGUCACACGCGGAUCGCGUUCAAUGGCUCAAGGAUGACCAAGAGUAUUCCGGUCAAGUUUACUCAUUGGGUAGUAUGUCAGUGUUGCCUCUUCGAGGGACGGCUGGCGAAGGAGGUGCCUACGCUUGUCAAUGGAAAAACAAGCGAGGAGAGGUUAAAUAUCGCAAUUUCACCGUCUCACCCAUUUUCUACGAGCAGACAUUUGCCAAGAGCGAUGAAGAAACUGAUAGUCGAACAAGGAUCGUCCUAGGUUUUUCUAUAGCUCUUGUUCUAUUAAUUGCCGUUGGAAUUGCCGGCAGCAUUAAACUCUACGCCGAUCAGAAGAAACUUCAAGUGUAUCCUGGAGCAUUAAAAAGAUUCCUUGAAGGCAAUCUUAGUGGAAUCGACCCGCUUUUGCCAAUGGAAGAUCAAAUCGAAAUGUUACCUUACGACCAACGAUGGGAAUUUCCCCGAUACCGUCUCAAAUUAGGAAUUCAGCUGGGAGUUGGAUGUUUCGGCCGUGUGGUUAAAGCUAAAGCCGUUGGAAUGAAUAAGAAUUCGAACGGAACUGCCAGAACUGUGGCCGUUAAGAUGGUCAAGUCGCAAAUCAACUCCGCCGCGCUGGAAGCCCUCGUCAGGGAAUUGAAAAUACUCAUCCAUUUGGGGUCGCAUUUGAACGUAGUCAACUUGUUGGGUGCGUGCACUAAAGAGAUGCACAAAGGAGAGCUGUUGGUGAUUGUGGAGUACUGUCGGUUUGGUAACUUGCAAACCUAUUUGUCCAGCCACCGUGGCAGUUUUGUCAAUUUAGUAGACGAAUUUGGCAACAUGAGAUCUCAAAGCGAGACGGAGGGAAAAGAAAACGCAUUAAAUUUGCAAGAAAUGUGUGACAGAGAUCCAACAGCCUCGACGUUUUGUUUGGAUUUACUUCCAACGGAUCCGACUGGCAGUGGUGAAACUGGGCUGGAAUCCAUCUGCCAAUAUCAACGAGAUGCGGCUCUUCCUUGCAUAACCACACGCGAUUUGAUCUCGUGGUCGUUUCAGAUAGCAAGCGGAAUGGAUUACUUGGCUAGCAAAAAGGUCCUACAUGGCGAUUUGGCUGCCCGCAAUGUUCUACUGGCCGACGCUGGGGUGGUCAAAGUGGCUGAUUUUGGAAUGGCCAAGAGGUUGUACUACGACGGUAAAUACGAGAAAACGAGCCAGGGAUUGCUGCCCGUUAAAUGGAUGGCCAUUGAAUCGCUGACGGAUCGUGUCUUUUCGAGCCAGUCGGAUGUCUGGUCGUUUGGUGUUGUUCUCUGGGAACUGUUCUCCCUCGGCAAAGUUCCGUAUCCAGGAAUGGAAAUUGGCCACCUGCUGGUCAAAGAAAUUCAAAAUGGAUAUCGAAUGGAGAGGCCGAUUUAUGCACCGAAUUUCUUCGGUGAAACGAUGACCAGGUGCUGGAAAGCCGACCCGAACGAACGACCCACUUUCCGCCACCUGAAAGACGCGAUUUGCAGUCAGAUGGAGUCAUGCAUCAGCUCCGAGUACCUGUUUAUGGAUGUUCCAUGUCAACAGCAACUCGACGAGGGAAAAGAAUAUGCUAAUUCUACAGACAUGUUGACACCAGCAAAGUUGUUGAACGACCCAUCGAGUUGUCAACCCCCAGCACAAAGUGAACGGUGAUCAUCAAAUUUUCGAUUGAGAAAUGGAUCGAAUUUUGUGUGGUUCAGAAACAGUGGCCAGCUCCUUGGAGAUUACCAGUUAAGUUGUUGAAAUGGACGAACAUGUUCUUCUGAUAGAAACAACUUCCUUUAACGACAUUUUGAUGAUAUGCCCUUCACGCUUUUAUUCCCAACAGCCACCUUUAUAUCGGUAUCGUUUCUCUUGUUGGCUACCUGUUUGGCCGAAACCAUCAUUUCCUUAAUUAACAAUUUGUUUGAAAUGUUCUGAUGCGAUAACAGUACAAUCACACAAGUAUUUAAUUCCUA